UUUAAUGGUGUCAUUAACGUAGUCUAUUUUUAAACUUUAAUAGUCUUGCUUUGCUUAUGCUAUUUAAAAGUGUACAAUUAGAAAAAAAGAUUUAAAUAUUCAUCCAGAUCUAUUCUACAUGUCUGUUGGCCAUUUGUGAGUAGGUUUGGUCCACACAUUAUUAACGGUGUUGUUCUAAAAAUGAAACAACAGGCUAAAAAUAAAGCACAUUUAAAUAAUCUUUGCAGCAUUUUGUCGUAUUGCAUAUUUGCAUUGAUAAUUAUUUACACAGAAAUGCGUCUUGUACAUAAUGCUAAUAUGGGGUUUUAUUUACUUGUCCAAAGCAUUUGACAUAAAAUCGCUAUUUAUCUCGUUUGUCGCUUUAACUUUGCUUAUAGCAAAAAGAUAACGAAUGUACAGAUAUUCUGUCAUCUUCACUGGAUGUAAUCUAAUAAUAAUCAAUAAAUGAACUCGUAUUUAUAACGUUAUGAGCAAUUACAGAUGAACUUUGUGUACACCACAUUUUUUAAUGUAUACUUCACACAGCACAACCACUUGAAAUAUAAUAGCUUUACCAUGUUUCUUUCUUUAUAUUGACAUUUUUUGGAGAGUGCAAAGUGCAACUAAAGGCCUGGGUUAAUAAAACUCGUAAAUAUCAUAAAAAUGUCGCCAAAUCUACAAAAUAAUCAUAAUUCACAAAGCAGACAUAGGGGUACAGAUUUGAGUAACGGAAACGUCAAAGGUUUCCAAUCCAGUUUUCCAGGAGUCAUUUACUCUGGACCAAGAGGAGAACCGUUUCCAAAUAUUUUUGAUUGGCUACAAGCAAAACGAAAUGGCGAUAAUAUUGGCAGCCUUUGGAGAGUGCACGACAAUCUAUAUGACCUUGAGGCUUUUGUUGAUAAGCACCCUGGGGGAAGAGACUGGAUCAAAUUUACAAAAGGAACUGACAUUACGGAAGCAUUUGAAUCUUCUCACAUUGUGGGUUUCAAAAAUGUGGAGAAAAUACUUGAAAAAUAUUAUGUGGCAGCUGCCAGUGAACCAAGAAAUUCUCCCUUCUCAUUUAAAAAAGAUGGUUUCUAUAAAACGCUCAAGACUAAAGUUGAACCAAUUCUUAAAACAGUUGGCACCGACUCUUCCCAUUUAGCACUACAAAUCGAGGACGGUUUGGCAAUGACUUAUCUAAUUCUCGCAUUAUUCUCUGUAUGGAUUGACUCCGUGGUGCUGCAAGUGAUUGCUGGGUUGGUCUUGGGAAUGUGCAUUGUUGGUGCGCAUAACUUUUUUCAUAAAAGAGACAAUUUUCGAAUGUACUACAUGGAUCUCAGUCCACUUUCUUCCUUUGAAUGGAGACUUAGCCACGCGUUAAGCCAUCAUAUGUACCCCAACACAGUUUUGGAUUUUGAAAUCAUGCUGAGCGAACCAUUAGUUGAAUUCCUACCAAGUAGGCCAAAGAAUUUUGUUCAAAAGUAUAUUGCUGUAUUCUACGUGGAAGCGAUCUAUUUGCUGUAUGGCUUAAGUCAAAUAAUUGUUCGGGCCCUGUCCAUUAUUCAAGGGAAGCAACGAUUGAGACCGGAGAACUUGCUGAUAUUUCUUGAACUAUCCAUUUUCAUGACAAUCGCUCCAUCGCACAAGUCGGGAAUCAUUGCAUGGAUUAUUAUUUUUAUGAUGAGUUCAUUUUGGUUCAUUGUUGUCUCAAACAAUUCUGCUCAUCAUCACCCAGACGCUUUUCAUGAUGGUGAUGAACCUCGUAUUGAUCCAGAUUUUGGUUUAUGUCAACUCGAUGCCACCAAAGGAAAAUCAGACUGGUUUCAUAAACCACUUUUCUCCGUGCUGACUACGUUUGGCGAACAUCCACUACAUCACCUCUUCCCAACAAUAUGUCACUCAAAGUUGAGCCACCUCAAACCAGCGUUGGAAGAGACUUUGAAACAAUUUUCUGAAGAGUUUCCUCAACUGACGCAACUUGAAUUGUUUAUUGGAACUCACAAACAGAUUGGAAGAACGACUCGUAACCGUCACAAGGCUGCACAGCAACGAGGACACUGAGAUUUAUUAAAUCUUUCCAAAUAAGAUGUGUAUUUAUAAAUAUGUACCCGUGUUUCAAAACAUGAAACACAUUUAUCCGUGUCAUAAAUAAUAAUGAUAAAGUCGUUUUA